AAGUGGUGGUGUCAACACUGUCUGUGACACGCAGUAAAUUUUAUAGCAACUGAAUGGCAUUAUGGAUGACAAUCAAGAAAAAAAUAGUUCACCAUAGUCCGCCAUAAUGGCUUUUUGUGAAAAUUUCGACUCGAAAUCAGUUCUAAAUUGUUUACCACAAAUUGUGACUGAAAUUGUACGAAAAUAAAUAAUUGGAAUGAUUUAGGCGGUCCAAAAUACAUGUAAAGGUCCCAUUGGACCGCAUUGCGGACCUGGAAAGUAGUUUUAAGUGCGUGUGUUUGUUCAUUUUUUUCUCGAUUGGACCACACCACCCCGAUUGUGUUUUGUCCAGGUCGCGGCCUUCUGUCAAACCAGAAAAAAAAAUGUCGAAGCUAUCAUUUAGGGCUCGGGCCCUGGAUCCCACCAAACCAAUGCCCAUUUAUUUAACUGAAGAACUACCAGAUUUGCCAGAACAUUCGGCAAUAAAUCGUGCUGUUCCACAGAUGCCCAGCGGCAUGGAAAAAGAAGAAGAAUCUGAACAUCAUCUUCAACGAGCAAUAUGCACUGGAUUGAUUAUACCCACGCCCGAAGUAUUGGAAACCGACCGAAUUUUCUACGAAAAAUGCUACCCUGCCGACUUCAAACCCACUCGCCAAAUGAUCCAUAUGCAACCCCUCGGUAUGGAACAAGACAUUCCCGACUACGAUAUGGAUUCGGCUGACGAGGCAUGGGUUACGUCGCAAGCGCGUCGACUGAAUUUGACGCCGUUGAAAUUCGAAGAAAUGAUGGAUCGCUUAGAAAAGAGUUCCGGCCAAACCGUUGUUACCGUUAAUGAAGCCAAAGCACUGCUCAAACAAGACGACGAACUGAGUGUGACCGUGUACGAUUACUGGCUGAAUAAACGAUUGAAAAUGCAACAUCCACUGAUAUUAUCUAUACGAACGGAAAAUCGACCCGGUGCAGCGCCGAACAAUCCAUAUCUGGCGUUUAGGAGACGUACGGAAAAGAUGCAGACGAGGAAGAAUCGAAAGAAUGAUGAAACGUCGUAUGAGAAAAUGUUGAAAUUGAGGCGAGACUUAAGUCGUGCUGUGACGCUGUUGGAUAUGGUGAAGCGAAGGGAGAAAACGAAACAGGAGUCCCUUCAUCUGAGUAUAGAAAUAUUUGAAAAACGGUUCCAGGCUAGGGAUUUCAGUGGCCAUCUGUUGAACGAAUAUACAAACAAUGCUGUUAAAUCAGCCGCAGCAAGGCCGGCUUUUGCUCCAAUUUACGCGAAUCAAUACUCUCACACAACAUCCAGUGCUGCACAGUCCAGUCCAUUACCGUGGGUCGGUAACCAUCAUCCAUUUUUGACACAACAAUAUCAUUCCGUCACAGCUGGUGCCAAUAUUAAACGUGAAGCUGAUAUGGCCAGCAGUUGUAGUGGUCGUAAAGAGAAGCGACAGUACAAAAAGCGAAAGCACAAAACAACACAGCGUGACAAACCGUAUCCAAGUCCUGGACCUGUCGUUGAACCAGCCUCAUCUGAUGAGGAUGAACCACUUGCGUCCAAUCAUUUAGGUCAUGAGAAUGCCGAAGAUGAAGGAUCGUUUGUAUUCAAACGGCUCAAACCCUGCACGUAUCAAAAGCCUCUCACAAAAGAAUUUGGAAAUUGGCCAUGGACAUCGAAAACGGACAAUGGUUUGGGCGAUCCGAAAUACCGGUACACGUUAACAUCUUUAGGACAUGGACGACAACGGUGCAUUGGUUUCGCUCGUCGACGUACUGGCCGCGGUGGACGUGUCAUCAUGGAUCGUUGCUCUACUAGUAUGGAUGAGUGGUGGUCCGGCUUGGACUAUACGAUAUUCGACAAUGAUCCAGAUUCGUUACAGCAGCAGCAGCGACCCUAUGUAGAAGCAACAAGUGUUAAAGUGAAAACGGACACAGAACACUUGAGUGACAGUAUUGUUGUGGAUUUAAUUAAAAAUCGAAAAAAUUCGAUGGAUAAUGUGUCUAGGACAAGAACACCACUGGAAUGUGGUGACAGUGAUAUUGUGAUAAGAAAUGAACAAAAUUCGAUUAACGUAAAAAAAGAGAAAUUAGAUGAUUACGAAUUAGCUGGUAGUCAUAGUUCCAAUAUGUUAGGUUCAUCGUCAAUGUUUGACAGAAAUUUUAGUGAAAUACCAAGUAAUAGUAGCAGUUCAAUUGAACGAAACGGUAGUGUGACUGAUGUUAAAAUCGAAAUACCUUCAGAAACAAUACAAAUUGAUCGCGCGAAAUCACCAGUCAAGACCGAUGACGAUUUAUAUUCAGAUUUUCUGAACGAAAUUCGACGAGAUUGGCUGCACUUUCGUCCAAAGACGCCGCCUGAUUUACACAAUGAAGAUUCGAAUGAAUUAGGCGUACAGUCAUCGCCAUUCACCGAAGCCACAUCGUUAACAGUUGAGAUUCAACGGCUCGGAGAACAGCCGCCCAGUUUUAUGCUAACGGACGCCCAGGACAACCUAUUUCGCACCAGUCCAUUCACAUUCGAGGAUCUUGCUGGUGACGAGCCGCCUACAGUAGGACACGACAGCUCGUCAUCGUUACUUGAAAAUAAUUUAAGUGGCGAAAGUUUGCCGGAAUUAAGUUUCAGCUUGGAGAAUGAGGACAAUGAGAAAAUGUUGGAAAACAUACUGCAGGAAUGUCAAUUUGAUGAUCUCAAAUCGUUCAACACGAACGCCAACUUUUGGAACGGUAUUCUCGAAGACGAUGUUAUCGACGAUCCGAAGAAGACCAGCUUCGAGCGAAUAGCUUCAGAUUUGCUACCACUUGGAGACGAUCGAAUGAAACGGGGCAAACGGAAACAACCGUAUCGGCCACAACGGAUCGGUUCGUCAACGAUCACCAUAUCUAGUAUACCUGAGACACCGUUUUUCCGCAAAGAAAAACCGUCAGAUCAACAGCAACCGGAUCUAUCGAAUAAUACACCAAAAAUUGUGUCAUCGUUACCUAUUGCUGACAAUGUCAAUGUUACUGCCGUUUCGAAUCGCACACCUGAGAUUAUCUUAUCGUCGCAAAUCAAAGAAGAACCAGCAGAUGAUGAAGUCGUUCCUAUCCUGUUUAAACAGCAACCGAUAGCCCAAGUUUCACAGGCUCCACAGCUGGCAAUCGUCAAAACGGAGAAUGUCAACAUAGGCAACACAAUGCCGAUGCAACAAAAAGCUUUCAUUUUGCAUCAGCAACCAGCCCAGUUGCAAUCCUCGUCACCGAUUAUUCAACAAGUUUCGAAUAGUGGUGAAGGAACGAUUAUACUGUCAGCAACAGGAACGCCGCUGCGAAAACACACUAAUGGUCCCACGGAGAAGAGUUCGUUCGAGCUGAUUAAAAAGGCCUCCAUCAUCAAUAGAAAACUUCACAUCCAACAACGACCGGUCGAAAUUAAGGCUGACGAUGCAUCCGAUGUAAAGCCGAAAAUUGAGGGUGCAACGUACAUAAAAAUGGCUGCAUUUCCUGGCGAAUUCAAUGUUGUCACUAGCAAUAAUCUUGCCCUAAAUGCGGCCGCCGUAGCAUCGAACCACAAUUACAGUUUGACGCCCCAGUCGGCCGUUCACCAUCAACCGAUCACUUUGAUUGGUCAAACAUCGCAAUCUCACAACAAAUUCAUCAUAAAUUCGGUGUCCAGUUCGUCUCAUACGACCAAUGCAUCCAACAUUGCGCUCGGUACGCAGACACAAGACCUACAAUUGAAGAUGCAAGCACCGUUGUCCAAUUUCAAAGUGAAUAUGGUCCCGUCGUCAGUGGCACAAAACUUACAGGCAUCAUCACUGAGUAUAGCGAGCGGCGGUAAGCCGACAAUAUUAACAACGCAGACCGUGCACCAUUUGACAUCGCAACAGGCGUCACAGCAGCAACAACCGAAUCGGAAAAUUAACAUGGUGUACGACAACGAGAGGAAUCGCAUUUUGUAUGUGAACAAGAAUAACAUAAACAGUCGUGGACAACCGAUAUUUGCAUCGCUGAAUCAAAAAGUGUUGAACAUAGCGUUGCCAAUGCAAAACAAAAACAAUGCGUCCAGUACGGUACAACGAAUAGCAACGGUGGGCAAUGCUCAGACUAUUUCUAAUAUUCGGCAACAGCACAUAAUGGCACCGAGCGGCAGUGCGUCCAAUCAAGUCAUUGUGGGCACCAGCAGCGGUGACACAUUAACGAAAUUAGUUCAAAAUAGUGAUGGAGGUGGGCAGCCGUCAACGGGAAUAAAUGUGAACACGACAAGCAGGUGAGACAAGGACAGAUAGCUGAUGAUGAUGUACGGUGAAAAUUUUCUUUUUUUUCGAUUUUCUUUCGUUCAUUGUUUUUUAAGAAGAAUUUUCUUAGUUUUUGUUUAAUGAAAUUUUUUUUAUAUUGGGCGUAUGUGCUUCAGCAAGGACAGACGAUUUUAACAAUUUAAAAAAAAUAAUUUUUUCGAAUUAUUAAGUUGGGUAUAUUCAUCGUGAAUAAUUUUUGUGAAAAUGUGAUUCACAUCAAGAUGUUUUUUUUUGAUAGAAUUUUGAAAAUAAAAUGAAAAAUUAAAUGAGAAAACAUUUUUUUUCUAAUUUAACCGUAAGUUUCUUAUUACGCAUACAUUAAUUAAAAAUAAUUAAUUAAUUAUUGAAGUCGAUUGUACAUAUAAAUUAAUGUUUUUUUCUGUGUUUAAUUUAAAAACAAAAAAAAAUUAGUGUUAAUGAGAAUAAAAAAAAAUUAAAAAAACAAAAAAAGAAAAAUACAAAAAAUUAUAGGAUCCUAUAAAAAAGAAAACAAAAAAAUAAUAAUAAAUGAAUCAAUGUGCUACGUCAAGUUGUAAAGACAAAACCACACAGCAACUAUAUACCUAAAUUUAGAAAACAAAAAUAAAUAAAAAAGAGAAAAAAAAAAUGAAUAAAAAUGUUUUGAUUUGACAAUUUUAUUGAAAAAGGAAAAUAAAUUAAAAGAGAAAAAAUUACAAGCAAAAAGAAAAUGAGAAUCAAACGGUAGAGAGAUGAGCAAAUGGAUGAAUGAAAGAAAAAAAGGCAAACUACAAAAAAAAAACUUUAUAUCUAAACGUUUGUGACAGUUGUAUAAUUCGACGUAAAUCUAAUUCAUGAAAAAAAAAAAAUCUUAAAAAUUAGUAAAAAGAUAAAAGUGUAAAAGAAAAUACAAUAAAAGAA